ACAGCUGCCAUCCACCCACAUCAACAUGAGCCUCAUUCUCACCGGUGCGACCGGCCUGGUAGGCUCUGGGGCCUUGAACCACCUCCUCUCCCUCCCACAGGGCCAACUAUCCCGGCUGUACAUCCUGAGUCGUCGCCCGGUCCCCAUGGCCGACAAUCAUCCCAACGUCACCGUGAUCGAGCAUCAAGACUUCACUAAAUACAGCCCAGAGCUAUUAUCCCAGCUGAAAGGCGCCAGCGGGUGUAUUUGGGCCCUGGGGAUUUCCCAGACCGAGGUCUCGAAGGAGGAUUAUGUGAAGAUCACCGUCGACUAUCCCCUGGCAGCGGCCAAGGCUUUCUCAACUUUAUCUCCAUCCUUCAACUUUGUUUAUGUAUCCGGAGAAGGGGCCACCCAGUCCCCCGGAAUGUUCACCCCAUUUUUUGGCGGAAUCAAAGGGCGAUGCGAGCAAGCCCUCAUCCAGCUCUCGGGGGAGUCUCCCAGCCUCAAACCCUACUCCGUCCGCCCAGCCAUGGUGGACCCCACGUACGACCCCCAAGUUCUGGAGCCGUUCCUGCAACGGGCCGACCAGAAGACGCUGCCCAAGAAAUUGCUGCGUGGAAUUCUGGGGCCCACCAUCCGAGGCACAUAUCCGCAAGCCGUGUCACCCACCCAGGACCUCGGGCGGUUCCUGAACGAUCUGGCGAGCGGAGAUGGGAAGCCGCUCAGCGGGGACGGUGUCACUGGGGACGGGUGGAUUAUUUCCAACAAGGCCUUUCGUCGGUAUGCGGGUCUGUAGUUGGAUGCAGGGUGGUUAUGUUGCUGCAAGUGGAGUAGAGUGCACUUGAGAUUUGCGGAGGAAUUCAUGUGGUGGGUCGUCAUUCGGUCCGUAUAUAGAGGGGUGGGCGAUGCUGUGAUUUUGGACGGAGAUUGCAUUAGACCGGUUUUAAAGAU